CGCUCCAUAAAAUGGUCUUCAGAAAACUGCCAAAACCUAUGACCAUGUUGAAAUCUCUACAGACUCCCUCAGCUAUAAUCUCUGCAAAAGAAACCCCUAAUCUCAUCAAACCGCCAACAAACUAUAUUGUCCCUCUCCCAAGUGUCUCUCUAUCCCUCACUUCUCAAGAGCAGCUCCUGCAAUUCCUUAAAACCUAUCUUAAACCCCCUUUCACUCCUCACGACCUUCUUAAUUUCCUCAAGAAAAAGCUGCACUACCACCCCAAAUUCACGCAAUUUGACCUCCACAUUUUCCAAUGGGCUUCGGAGAUUGAUUCUUUCCGCCAUGACCACUUUACUUAUGAGUGGAUGAUCAAAACACUAGCAAUCACCGACAGGUUUAAUGAUCUCCAAUCUGUCCUAGAAGGUAUGAUAUCAAACCCAUGUCCAUGCUCCGAUGGAAUAUUUUCAUGCCCUAGGACAGAACCCAUCUUCAGAUUUGUUAUUAAUUCUUACUGUAGAUCUGGACGGUUAGCUGAGGCGUUGUUUGCGUUUGAGAAUAUGCGGAAAUUAAUCGAUGGAAAACCUAGUGUCGUUAUCUAUAAUAUAUUGAUCAAUGGGUUUGUGAGAUCAAGACAACAUGAGAAAGCUUUAGAAUUAUAUGGUAGGAUGCUUAAGGAUAAGGUUAAACCGGAUGUAGUCACCUUCAAUAUAUUGAUAAGUAGCAACUGUCGGAAUUCGCAGUUUGAGCUGGCUCUGGAUGUGUUUAAAGAAAUGAGAAUUAAGGGUUGUAACCCUAAUGUGGUCAGUUUCAAUACUCUGAUUAAGGGAUUUCUCAGAGAGAAGAAGUUCAAAGAGGGAAUUAGUAUGGCUUAUGAGAUGCUUGAUCUGGGUUGCGGGUUCUCAAGUGUGACUUGCGAAGUUCUUCUUGAUGGUCUCUGUAGAGAAGGUAGAGUUUUGGAAGCUUGUGAUCUCUUGAUUGACUUCUCAAGAAAAGGAGCUGUACCUGAUGAGUUCGACUUCUUAAAUGUUAUUGAGGGGCUCUGUGUGAAAGGCAAGGUUGAUAGAGCGCUGGAAAUGGUGGAUGAGUUGUGGGCAAAAGGAAAGUUCCCGAGUCCGGUUGCUUGCACUACAUUGAUAGAAGGUCUGAGGGGAGCAGGAAAGAUAGAGGAAGCGUUCACAUUGAUGGAGAGAAUGCUAAAAGAGGAGAUUGUACCAGAUAGUGUAACAUAUAACUGUCUUCUCCAAGCUCUCUGCAAUGCAGGAAGAACAGCAAAUGCAAAUAAAUUGAAGAUAUUAGCUUCAAAAAAGGGUUUGGAGCCUGAUGGUGCAACAUAUAAUAUAUUGGUUUCUGGGUAUUCCAGAGAAGGUAGAAGGAAGGAGGGGGAAGUGUUGUUGGAGGAGAUGUUGGAUAAAGGAUUUAUUCCUGAUCUUGCUAGUUAUAACAGGCUACUGGAUGGGCUUUGUGAUGGAAAGAAAUUUGUUAUUCACCAAAGAACCGUCAGGGGUGGGUGAACAGAAAAAAAAAAUCUGCAUUUGUACUGCACUAACCAU